UGCAGGGCGCAAGAGAAAAAAAAGAUGGGCGCUAUGGUGGGGUUGACAGGUGGGAUGGCGGUGCUAUUGGCUACAAAGGGAUGGGAGCUGCCGAUAUGCAGGACAGUGGACGCUCAAGUUACUGCCAUUUGUGGGCUGGGCUAGGGGAGGGGAUCCAAGGCCGCUGCAAGGGCUGCAGAAGCUUCCAUCAGAUGGCUAACGAAAUGAUGUCGAUAUGCGAUGCGUAAUCAUUGAGAGAAGCUCUGUUGAAUCAGGUAGCUUUGGCGUUCUUGCUUUGGCACUAAAUGUUAGCAUGCUGCCAGGUACAUGCGUGGUCUGCGAGGCAGGCAAUUCCAGCUGGUUUCUCUUGGUUUCCACGGAUCCUGUGCCAUGCAAACAUUUGUGUGCCCUUGUGACUGGUCCAAGGGGCAGCUCCGGUCUAAUACAUGCAUGUUGAUGCUGCUAGCAUGAACACCCUCCCCAACGUCUUUCCAUCCGCCGUCAUAGCUGAGUCUCUAGCUGCGGCCCUGCAGGGCGUACAUGGCCUGACGCACGUCGUCGUCGCCAUGCCACGGAAUCCGGGACGAGCGUUGCAAUAUCGCUUCUAAGCGCUUCCGGGGACCAGCAGGAUCGAGUCUGGCGCACAAAGCACAGUAUUUGCUUCUCCGCUUGCAGCACCAUGAGUCUGCCUGCGUGUCUCUUGUCCUCUCCCUCGGCUCUUGGCCCACGAUCCCAACAACUUGC